UCCGUCAAAGGCAAAAUGGUGGACUUGUUAUCAUCUCUGGCGCUCUGCAAAAUUAUAAAAACCAGUCUGCAUAUACUCUCCUAGACGCUUCAUUACCAUGUUUAAAAAAGCUAAGAGGUGCAAUUUCAGGCGGCGGAAUGACUCGGAAGAUGAGGAGAAAGAGGAGCAGCAGCAAUCCGGUGGGCCCGGGGCUGAAGAGUCCGCGAGCCCGAGUCAGUCCAGCAGCGGCCCCGCUCCCGGAGUAAACGUGCUGAACAACCACGGAAACGGAUUUCAGCCAGGUGCAGUCAAGGCCGUUAAAGAGAAGAAAAAGAAGAAGGAGAUCCGAGAUGAGCCGAAAGCAAGUCUGCUGAGCUUCCAGGAUGAUGAAGAUGAAGCAGAAGUGUUCCGUGUGAAGAAGUCCUACCACAGCAAGAAGAUCGUCAAGCAGCUCAAGAAAGAAUACAAGGAGGAUUUGGAGAAGAACGUACCGGAGCAAAGCACACGCCUUGGUGGUCACAAUCUCACUAUUAAAGAGGAGCCCUUAGAGGGCAGCAGAGCCAGCAGUGAACAAGGAGAAGAAGAAAUGGAGGUGGACAGCAAUGAGGAUCAGGAGGAGGAGGGUGAUCAGAAGUCUGCAGGUGGAGCAUUUAAAGAAAAUCUGUCGGCCCUCAGCUUACUCAGACCAGGUGAGAAUCCUGAUGCGGCCUUUAUCAGCUGCACGUAACGUCGUCAGAUGGCUCGAGAGCCGUCGUGGAGGACAACUCCACUGGUCGAGCAUGACACGACAAACAAACGUCUCGUUCACGACGAUGAAAAUGGAGACAUGGAUGAUGAUGAAGGAAAGAGAAUCGUCUUCAGUGGAGUCAACACGAAGAGUCAGAGGCAGAAACUGUGUUGUGUUUUAGGUAUUGAAGGCAGUGAUGAUGAAGCUCUAGAUAAUGGACAGGAUGAGGAAGUGAGCCGUUGGGAGCAGGAGCAGAUCAGGAAGGGCAUUAGCAUCCCACAGGUCCAAACCCAGCCUGAAGAUACAAGCAUGUAUUACCAGGGCAGUUAUGAUGCUCAGCCGUAUGGUGCAUCCUAUGCCAUGCCAUUUAACUACACCACUGCCACAGCAGGACUUGACAGUAGCAAACCGCUGAAAGCAGAGCCGUCAGUUCCCUAUCCCAUUCCCUCUUGUGAACUGACCCCUAUAACCACAGAUCUGGUAAAGAAACGUCUCCAAGACAGGCUGAGCUUCAUGCGUCAGGGGCACAAUACUAAUGCCCGGCGCUAUCAGCAGAUCCAGGAGGAUCUGGAGGCCUCCAAAAAGGCCAUCCAGGUCCUGGAGGGCUCCUCUGUAGAGGCCGCAGACAAAUAUAGAUUCUUGCAAGAAAUGCGAGGGUAUGUUGGAGACUUGCUUGAGUGUUUGAGUGAAAAGGUGCCUGUCAUUCUGGAGCUAGAGGCCGCCAUGCACCAGUUACUUCGGCAGCGGGCGUCCCGUCUCGUCCAGAGAAGACAGGAUGAUAUUAAAGAUGAAUCGUCGGAGUUUUCCAGCCUUUCAAGUAAGGCUGUUAUGGCCCCUAACCUGGACUCAUUUGGCCGAGAUCGCACUGCCUAUCUGGAGCUCGCCAAGCAGAGGAGGAUAGCUGAAAGAGAAGCCAGACGAACUCGUCGCAGACAAGCUCGUGAGCAGAACGACAAGAGAGCAGAGCACAAGGAAGGACUGUCUAGUGAUGAUGAAGAGACGUCCACUGACAUCACCAGCUUCGACUCAGAGAGAGAGCGCAUCUUAAAAGAGUCAAAGAAGGUGUUUGAGGAUGUGGUGGAGGAUUUCCAUUCUCUGGACAAUAUCAAAUCUCACUUUGAGACCUGGAGAAAGCUGUAUUACAGCUGCUACAGAGACGCCUACAUUGGAUUGUGUCUGCCCAAACUCUUCAACCCUCUUAUUCGGCUGCAGCUCAUCUCGUGGUCUCCACUGGAGGUGGAGUGUUCCAACUUUGAGUACAUGCUAUGGUUUGAGUCUCUGCUUUUCUAUGGCUGUGGGGAGCAAAGUGCUCUAAAGAAAGAGGAAGACGUGGAUAACAACCUGCUUCCUGCUAUUGUAGAAAGAGUGCUGCUUCCUAAACUAGCAGUGCUGACGGAUCAGAUCUGGGAUCCACUGUCCAGCAGCCAGACGUCCAGACUGGUGGCAUUCAUGAAGAGACUGGUGAAAGACUAUCCCACUGUCCUGCACGGCGAAAACCGCAACACACAAGAGCUGCUGAGGACAGUAAUCAUGCGAAUUCGACGGACUCUUGAUGAUGACAUUUUCCUGCCUCUGUUUCCAAAAAAUGUUAUGGAGAACAAAAACUCUGGUGCUUACCUUUUCUCCCAGAGGCAGUUUUGGUCUUGUGUGAAGUUUCUUGGGAAUAUCUUAAUGUGGGAUGGGAUCCUGUCUCUGCCUGCGCUGAAAGAUCUGGCCAUUGACAGCACACUGAACCGCUACAUUCUCUCAGCUCUGCAGACCACUGAUGCCAGCGAGGAGCAUGUAGAGAAAUGCCGGCGGGUGGUGGAGUGUUUCCCUGUGCAGUGGUUCAGCGGUCUGAAAGGACAGCAGACGCUCCCUCCACUGGAGAACUUCUGCAGAUUCUUGAAGCACUUGUCCAGCAGCCUGUAUCGCAGCUGUGUUGCUGGAUCAGAUGUGGAGAAGAGGAACGUCAGGGAACGCAUAAAGGAGGUGAUUCGGCUUCUGGGACGCCUCAACGCUUUAGACCAUGUGAUCACAGUCGCGUCUGAACAUGGCAUCAAGGAUAUAAAGACUCUUCUUGAGAACAAAUGAAAGGCAAAGCAAUGGGACCAUGUAAAUACUGUGAAUAUUGUACAUUUUAGUUGUGUUGCUGAAGGGGUUUUCCUCUGACACAUGGGUGGAAUUGAGUGAUCAGGAUCUCCUGAAAUCCAGUGAAACUGACACUGAUUUGGGCUUGUAUUAGGACAGUUUUACUCCCUUUCCUGAAGAGACAUCACAG